GGGGGGCGGGCGGGGCGGACGGGGCGGGCGGCCGCAGCCCCGGGGCGCGUACUCGGCCGGGCCGAGGCCCCAGCAUGGCCGAGCCGCUGCUCAGGAAGACCUUCUCCCGCCUGCGGGGCCGGGAGAAACUUCCUCGGAAAAAGUCAGAUGCGAAGGAGCGAGGCCGCCCAGCCCAGCGCUCAGAGCCCCACCCCCCAGAACCAGAGCCUCAAAUCAUUGAAGGGUCCCAGGCUGGAGCAGAGGGACCUCCCAGCCCAGAGGCACCUCGGAGCCCUGCUCGGGGGGCCUACCUGCAAAGCCUGGAGCCCAGCAGCCGCCGGUGGGUGCUAAGUGGAGCCAAACCACCAGAGGAGAUAUCUUUGGGGCCUGGGACACCUAGCAGUGGGGAGCCUGCUGGUGAGAUUUGGUACAACCCCAUCCCUGAAGAAGACCCCAGACCACCAGCAUCUGAGCCCUUGGGAUCAAAGCCAGCCUCCUCUGAUACAGAAGGCUCAAUCAUCCAAGGCGCAGUCCCUACCAGCCCCUCUACCAAAACUUCACGUACCAAGUCCCCAGGCCCUGCUAGGCGCCUCUCUAUGAAGAUGAAGAAGCUGCCAGAGCUACGGCGCCGCCUGAGCUUAAGAAGUACCCGCACUGCCCGGGAACGAGAGAGAACUGCCCCAGCGGGCUCUGUCAUCAGCCGCUACCACCUGGACAGCAGCGUGGGGACUCCUGGGCAGGGAUCGGUGGCCGGAGGCACUAGGAGCCCAAGGGGUGGGUACCUCAGCGAUGGUGAUUCUCCGGAGCGCCCUGGGGGACCACCAUCACCCACUGCCUUCCGGCCCUAUGAGGUGGGCUCAUCAGCUCGGGCCCCUCCAGCUGCACUCUGGGGGCGUCUCAGCCUGCACCUGUAUGGGCUAGGGGGUCUGCGGCCAACUCCAGGGGCCACUCCUAGAGAUCUCUGCUGCCUUCUCCAAGUGGAUGGGGUAGCUCGGGCCCGCACAGGGCCACUUCGAGGUGGACCAGACUUCCUGAGACUGGACCACACCUUCCACCUGGAGCUGGAGGCUGCUCGGCUGCUGCGGGCCCUGGUACUUGCAUGGGAUCCCGGUGUAAGGCGGCACCGGCCCUGCGCCCAGGGCACUGUGUUACUGCCAACCAUCUUUCGAGGGUGCCAUGCCCAACAAUUGGCCAUUCGUCUGGAACCCCAGGGACUUCUUUAUGCCAAGCUAACACUGUCUGAACAGCAAGAGGCCCCUGACACAGUGGAGCCCCGUGUCUUCGGGCUCCCUCUGCAGCUACUGGUAGAACGUGAACAGUCGCCUGGCCAGGUGCCUCUCAUCAUUCGAAAGUGUGUGGGGCAGAUCGAAUGCCGCGGGCUGCGGGUAGUGGGGCUGUACCGUCUGUGUGGCUCGGCAGCAGUGAAGAAAGAGCUUCGGGAUGCCUUUGAGCAGGAUAGUGCAGCUGUGUGCCUCUCUGAAGAUGUGUACCCUGAUAUCAAUGUCAUCACAGGCAUCCUCAAGGAUUAUCUCCGGGAGCUGCCUACUCCGCUCAUCACUCCACCCCUCUACCAGGUGGUGCUGGAGGCCAUGGCCCAAGGACAUCCAAGCAGGGCUUCCCUGGGUCCUGAGGGCACCAGAGGGCUCCUCAGCUGCCUGCCAGAUGUGGAGAGAGUGAGUGGCCCUGCUGGGAACAUUGGGACACUAUAGAGUAGUUGAUAGCAGUGAAGCAUUUUAGCCAUGCCUGAGAUGUGGUGAGCAUCAGGGAUCACCACAUCCCAGCAAAGCUCAUGUUAUUACCUGUCAGUCCCUGGGUUAGGAAACCAAGGCUCAGUCUAGUGAUUUGCCCAAGGUCAAACAGCCAAGAUUGGUCCAAAACUCACCCUCUACACAGACAUAGUGUUACGUGCCUCUACUCCUAGCACUCGAGUCAAAGGCAAGAGGACUGAGUUGGAGACCAGCCUAAGAUACAUAGCUACUUCCAAGGCAGCCUGGGCUGUGUAGCAAACUGAGCCAGCAGGUCUGCCAGCCUAACGCAAGGGAAGUUCCUGGCUGUAGGAUCUUGAGAAAGUCCUUGAAACUGUGCUUCUGUUCAUCUGUAAAAUAAAAUUCAUGCUCAUAUUGCCUAACAUUGGGUGGGUUGGAUGGAGUUCAAACCCUUCCAGUCCAAAGCUAAAUUGUCCUUAAUUUCAACAAAAUAUUUGUAUUCAGCAAAAUACAUUCCUAAAUACUAACACCUGCCUAUGGCUAUGAGAACUUGUACCGGAGUUUCUCCACUCUAAGCCACCCCUAAGUGUCCACAGCGUGCAACAGGCUCAGGUUUACCCUUCUUGUGCCCCCUUCCCCUCCCCCCCCCCCCCCCCCCCCCCCCCCCCCCCCCCCCCCCCCCCCCCCCCCCCCCCCCCCCCCCCCCCCCCCCCCCCCCCCCCCC